AUGGUGCCAAAAAUGAGGGUAAGAAACAUGUUUUAGUCUUUUUAUAUAUAUAUAUAUAUAUAUAUAUAUAUAUAUAUAUAUAUAUAUAUAUAUAUAUAUAUAUAUAUAUAUAUAUAAAAUAGAAUUUGAAUGUAUUUAAUUUUAUCAAGUGUUCAUUUUGCUACUGGUCCCACAGAUUCUAUACAGAAUGUAGUGAGCAAUGAAAAGGGAUUUCUAUCCUUGCUGGAUGAGCGUCAUAGGAGCGGGGAUCCAUAGCUACAGUAGUGUAUGCACAUCACUCUCAUAGAGAAAUGACAAGAUGAUAGAAUUGGAAAUAAAAGGGGUUGAGCCUGUAGACAUCUUGUUAUCGUGGUGCUGUCUUGUUAUGUUAUCCUCUUUAUAUUUUAUUUUAUUUCUCUCUUAUCAGUUGUAGCAUUAUAUUAUUUAGUGUGUGUGUGUGCUAGACUAGAUUAACUCAAAUUUAAAGUCUGAAGAAGUAACCCUUUGGAUGCUUGUGGUAGGGGUUGCAUACUCCUGUCGAAUUAAAGGGUUAAAGAAAGCCUGGAUAUUGUUUCUUUUAUAAUCCAACUUCUUAUUUCAAAUUCUGUUUUUAAAAUAGAUUCAUAAAAAACAUAGUAUUUUUGUAUUUUGCUUAGGUAACAGUAAAGAUGAGUACAUUAAAUACAGAUUUCUGUAUUCACAGCAUAGCAAGAAAUAUGGAUAAUUCAUUCCUAUCACACUAAAACUAAAAAUGAACAUCCAUUCAUACAGAGAAAAUCAAAAGAAAACUGGCUGCUAUGGAUUGUACAACACUACAGAAUAUGUUGGUGCUCAGUAAAUAACGAUGCUCAGAAUGUCAUGACAGCCAUAGAAUGUGGGUGAAACACAUGUUUUUGAAGGCUUAUUAAGUGCAGGUGCAUUUCUCUUGGUCCAGAGCUGAAAAACAAAAACAGGAAUUUCCCCAUUCUUCCCCUGACUGACUAGGAACUAAAAAAAUUUUUUAAGUUCUUUGUGUCAUUUCCUAUGUUACAUUAAUGCUGCUUUAUGUGAUAAGAAACUGUAUAUUGUACUUCUCAUUAAUUCUGUUUAUGGAGUUGUCUAUGCCGGAGUCUUUGCCUUCCUGCUCCAUAUCUAUUGAAAACAAUCUUAACUAUAAACAAGCAUCAGUUUUGGGGCAAUGGAUGUUGUCCAAUGUACGAAGUCGUAGAACAGUUAAAUGAUGUAUUGGUCAUGUCCCAUUUGAUUUGUAAUACAAUGUCUUUCUCCCUUUGGUUAUGCAAUUGCUUGUUGGCUCUUAAUAUAAAAUGUAAGCAACAGGUGAAUGGGCAUAUAUAACAAGGAUGUUAAUGCCAGAUGGUUCUUUAAACAAGGAUUAAGAUUUGUGUUGUUUAAAUUGGGUGGCUGCAAGUUGACUGCCAGUGUUUGUUUAAUUUUUGUUAGGUUACCAUUUUUUCCCCUGUUCAUCCCUCUCUCAGCUCACUAGAUUUUUUUUCUUCCUCUUUUUUUAUUCCAUUGUUGCUCGACCUCUCUCUACUCAUUGCCUAAUGCCCAUCUUGUGGUCCUUGUAUUUCCCUUUUGUUUUUUGUUUUUCAGUUGUAUUUGCUUAGUGCUUCACGGUGACAGUGGUACAUUCUGUUAAGCCCUGUCUCUCAGAUCUUCCUAACAUGUCAUGGAAGUGAUACAUUUUCUCUCUCUUUUUUUAAUUUUUUUAUUUAUUUUUUUUAGUUUUUGAGCCUAUUUCCAUUGGUGCAAACUGUGGAAUUAAUGAGGUUAAACAAUUAAGUUUCUUGAAACUUUAAGGAGAAAGUUAAUCUUACAUAUAUUUUGUUUUGUAUUUUUUAAAGGUUAGAGAAUAUUUGCGCAGGUGAAUAUCAGCCUUAUUGCAUAAGGGGCUGGAGCUUCAGCAACAUAGUAGCAGAGGAUAUUCCAUGGGACCAUAAAAGUGGUCCCAAUUCCAAUUAUUGAGCCAAAUCUAAUUCUAAGUGUUUCCAUCCCACUACACUAAGAUAAAUAUAAUAAUGGGUCACAACUUAGAAAAGUAAUUAUUGUGGGUACUAAGUCUAGUCCCAUACCAAUGGGAGGGCAAUCAAUAUAUUGCUGGUUUCCCAGGCAACAGAAGGGUAAAGCCUAUACCCUGGUUGUAUUAAGCUGUGUAAAUUGUAGUUUUAGAUAUUUUUCCCAGACAUUGUUCAAUUGAUCUAUGUUUUUGAUAAUGUACUUGUAGUGCUGCCAAGUUUUAUGUUUGUCCUGGCAAAUUUCACAUUUCCUAAAGACUUGGCCUCUACAAAAGACCUCAAAAUCCAGUAGGUUAUGUGUCCUAGAAUUAUUAUACCCGUCCAGAUCUCACAUCCCCCGAUUAUUUGCUACCCACUGAUGCCGAUGCUGAAGAUUUAAUAAUUUAUUUAGUAUUAUAAUGCACCAAUAUGUAUUGUAGUGAAUUAGUCAAUAAAACAUGGGUAAUAGUGGGAAAGCCAAUUUAAGUUUUAAGACAAAGGGAUUCUAUGAGUUUACAGUGUAACAAUAUGAUUUUGAUGAUUUUAUCUUCCAUGUAUGGAGGGACUUUGCUGUCCUAUCAUGCUUGAGACUACAAUGUGUCAAUGUUUUUUGCCAUUAGAGAAAAAGAAACCCAUGUGUGAAUUGAUAAUGCUGUGUGUUCUGUAUUAUUGUAAAUAAUUUCUUUUUAAGUAGUAAGGUGUACAAUACCCAUAGAUUGUUUUUGAUUCUAUUUCGCUUAGUGGUAUCACAAAUUGCAGAAUGUCCAUUGCCAACGUUACAUUUGAAGAGAUGACAGUGUGUCACAUUGACAGUAGUGGAAAUGACGAGGAAAACAUAGAUUACAAGGGAGCAUAUUCUCAGAGCAUCAUCAUUUAUUAGUGUCAUGCAGGUGCUAAUAUAUUUGAUGAAUUACAAGUGCUUGACGUCAAUGCAAAAAGUUGUUGUUGCAGGAAAGGGUCAAGCUGACCCUGUGUUAGACACAUGCUGUCUGGGGUUACAAUGACCAUUACCACAUCAGGGACUGUGGGUUGCUCCUGCUUUCAAGUUGCCUAUAUUUUGUAUGGGUUGAACAAGAUCAAGUCCCCCACCCCCGACGUAGUGUGCAUGCUUCCCCUUGUUUAGCUUUGGAAAGAUGGGUAAUGCUUAGAAUUGACUCAUUUAGGACCUGCUUUAACCCCUUAAGGACACAUGACAUGUGUGACAUGUCAUGAAUCCCUUUUAUUCCAGAAGUUUGGUCCUUAAGGGGUUAAAGCAUGGAGGUUAUUUUUCGUUUUUUCUUUCUUCCAGAUCUUUGGAUGUUAUUAGGUUACAUACCAAUUAGUUGUAGAGUAUGACUUAACCUACCUAGUUUGUGCAUGUCAGAGACUCAAAUAACAUUAAGCAUGCAUUAUUUAUUAUCCAAAUGUAAAGCUGAUCACCGUUAACAUCAACACCAUUAAUUUAGUUCUCUCCAAUAUCUAAUAUUUCCAAUUAUUUGGGUUUACAGUGUGUGUCUGGAGUCAGUCUUUUCAAAUGACUAAUCUUCUCCCCAAUAAAUAAAUAAAUAGGUAUGAAGUCCUUUCAUUUAGCAAUAUAAUUAUAUUCCAUUUUGUGUUUACUUUCAAUGAUAAAACUGUUGCAUUGUUACAAAAAUAAAAAUGUUCAUGUUUUUUUAAAUUUUUUUUUCCCUCUUUUACAGUUUGGUCAGGUUGGCAAUGUGUGUUAUAGUUUAUAAGCCCGGCCUAUAGAUUGAAGAACAGCAAUCACACAAUGUUGUUUAACAGUGAUGAAAUAUAUGAAUUAGGUGUCCUGUUGGUCCACUGUGAUCCAGUGCUGAAAUAAUAAUAAACGCAGUCACUGGAUUUGCAUCGUACACAGCCCCUUCUUUCUUUGGUUUAUGGAGAAGAAAGGUGUAAUUGCUCCUUUCCUGCAAUCUGGAACUGCAGUGAGCAAAGAUAGGUUGAUUGGUGUUUUGGAAAUAUAUGUAAAACACAUUUUAGAUAAAAAUGGAAUGAGGGCCAUGAUUAUAAAGUCGGUUGACUGAUACAUUCUAAUGUCUGCCAUGUCAGGUGUGCCUGAAAUAAAUCCUAUAGUUCAUUGAUACCUUUGAUAUGGCCUACCAGUUAGGUUAGCAGAAAUCGCUCAAACACAUGUAAUUCGCCCUCCUUGUUACACAUCUGUUUUAUUUUCCCUUGUUGAAUUUUUAUUGUGCCCCUUCUCUUGUGUAUGUAGAUAAGUUUGUUGAAUGCUUGUAUGCAUUUCAGUGAAUUUAGGGAACCAAUGCUGUUGUUCAUGUUUGAUAACUGCAAUAAUACUCAAUAAUAAAUCACAAACUUAAGAUCAGGGGUGCCCAAAAGGUAGAUCCCCAGAGGUUUUAAGACUGCAUCUUCCAUGAUGUUUUCUCAUAAAGGCAUGCAAAGCAUCAUUUGAAUUGUAGUUCUACAACAUUUGGGGAUCUACCUUUUGGGCACCCAUGUUUUAGAUGCAUCUCUUGCAAGUGGCAGAAAGGGGCACUGUAGUCACCAUAACCAUUUCUUCCCUUUAAUGGUUAUAGAACCUGGUGUCCUCUUGUGUCCUCUUGUGGUGUCCAUCCAUUCAGUGUUAAACCUUUUUAAGCAGUUUAACACUAAAUAAGGGUUCGUGGCCACCCACAGCCCUGCCCCAAACUGUAGAUAUGGUUAAGAGAGCGAUUACACUCUUCCUUCUGGCUAUACCAAUUCAUACCAGCAAUGGGACCUGUGAUGGGCGACACUCUGAGCCAAUCACAGCUGCCUAUUGCUGCACAGGUUGUUUCCUUAUUAGCCCAAGCAGCACAGAUGUGAUAGGCUGCUGGGGACUCUCCCUUAGCAUUAAAAUAGUUUAACACUGACUGGAAGGCCAUCACGAGGGGACCUCGGACAUUAUAUUUACUUUGAUAAGAUGAAGCAGCUACAGGGCCUACAGUAUCACUAAAUUGGUUGGGUCUAGUAGCUACCCAAUUUAAUUCAAAAUCCUUUAGUGUAAUAUAUAGAUUCUGGGUUUCCUUAAAGCUUUACCUGCUUGUUUAUUGCCUGUCCCAAACAUUGACUUAAAACGUUUUCUAUAUUUUCUCUCUUGUGUUCUAUGAAAUCUAUGUAUAGACUCAACCUAGCAUCAUUUGAUGGUCAGUGAGCAAUAAGAUACUCAAUUAUAUAAUAUUUCUACUUUGUCUGCUCCAUAAAUUUGUUAGUCAUCAUAGGAUUUAGCAAUCCACUCUCACCCAUCCAUUGGCAGGGAUUUACAUUUGCAUUCCAUGUAAUUCAUAAAAUACAUGAUGUGUCCUAAUGCUUCCACAGUGCUAUGUGUUAUGUAAACCUGAUUCAUAACACAGCCAUUAUUUGGGAAGGUCCAAAAAGUUUAAUUCCAGACAUGAUGUACUCUGCAUUCUUGGCUCAUCUCAUCAAGGUGUUAUAUAAGUCUUAAGGUUUAUUGGAUUUCUGUAUUUUAUUCCGAGAAAACCAAAAUGGCUUCUUUUUGUUCUUAAUCGCAUUCCUGAAUUUGUUUAGCAUUCUAAUUAUUAUCUUCCUUUUCUCUUUAAUAUUAUACAAAUUAUAGAGAUGAUGGUUGUAAAAAUUGAGGUGACAUUUUAUCUUCCUUGUCUGUGUUUUUUUUGUUGUUGUUGCUUGCACUACGGAGAGAUUAACCAUGAAGUGACCUAAAAUGGCUGCCUAUUGACUUGCUUCAAGUAGGUAUUUGGACAAGCUUGGGCCCAUUUACCAUCCCUAUAUUAAGAGUGGAGGGGGGCCCAAGUGGGCAUCUCUGCCAUGCACUUGUUCCUUUAGAUUGUGUUUAGUUCUGUAAACUGAGAAUAUUGUCAUAACUCAUCAUUGUUCUAAUAAUUUAGUAGUGGGAUUAGCUUGGUUUAAUUGAAGCAAAGACAUGCUGCUGACUAAGGGUGAUAUUAAUUAAAACGGUUACCAGUAAUUAAAAGACUAUUGUUGUUAAAAAAGAAUAUCACAGGAAAUCAAUUGUUGACCCUACUAGGAGAUUGGUAAAGCAACUUUUAGAUAGUAAGUUUUUUUUAUUUGGCCAGGGCCCUCUUCCCCUAUUGCAGCCUUAUGUCAAAUAUGUUUUGUUAGAAUCAAUUGUCUUGUUUUACCUUUCGUACAGUGCUGUGGAGUAUGUUUGCACUAUAUAAGUAAUUGUAUGCAUAGCAGUUUUCAUUAUCCUUGAUAUUUGAAGGGUAAAAUGAUGCUAAAUAAAGCAAUUCACAAAUUGUGUGUAUUUACACUGCUUUCCACGUUUAACUUGUUUUCCUGUCACCUUGGUCAACAGUUGAUCAAUACUAUCAGUAAUCUAUAGUCCUGAUCACUGUAGACACCAAAAGUGUUCACAUGCAACAAUUCUAUUACUGCCAGGCUUAUUCACCAAAGCAAGAAUUCAGCAAGGAAUUACAAAUUGUAACCUGUUUUUAUAAUGAUUUAUUCAGGGUGUUCUAGAAUCAUUUUAUGCAAAAGACAUUGGAAAAAAAUCUAUAACAUUUGCUUGUCUUCAAAAACAGUGUAUUUAGGAGCCUCAGUGAUAGAUUCUUGUAACUUAAGAUUCCCCGCACCAUGCGACUUGUAAUAGUUUCUCAGCAGGCUUGUCAUUUUUUUAUAUUGAGUACUUUUAUUAUUGCGUUAUAUAAUUUUACCGCAUUUUUAUUUCUGUUUUUUUGACAGCAUUAUUGUGCAGCACUUCAGGUUCUGUUCUAGCCACUUAAUAAUAGUGCUAUUAUGUUACGAUAUCUGUACAGGACUUACGAGAGAAAUAAAAUGUACUUGGUCUUGGAAUAUAAAUAUAGCCGUGCAUGCAAUUGGUACAUAAAGUGCUUGAGUUUUUAAAGCUUGUAGGCUUUACGAAAAUUACUUAAUAGUCGCACACACCCAAAGACAAACUGUUCAGCCUGGCUACAUUGUUACUUUUUUCAGUUUUAAGCCUCCAAUUAGAGGUUAUGAGUUGACGCGAGGAGUGCUGCUUGUUAUGCUGAGCCCUGUUGGGAUUGUCUGUCUCUGUAGAAUAUUUUGUAAUUUCCUUGUAAAUAGCAAAUCCACAGGGAGGAACCUGCCAGAUUGUCUCUAAUUCAAGGGUGAGUUAAGGAACAGAAAGUAGAAGGUAUGGACUGAAUGUAGUAAAAUCUAAAGAGACUGUACAGCACAUUUUAAAUCUUUGUCAGGGCCACCAGGAAUAGGGCUAGAUACACUUUAAGAUAUGUAGAACUUAGUUUACCAAUAAUGCUCAUUAGUUAAAAAGUCUUUCACUUGUAUCAUCUCUUAUAAGAAAAUGCUGUUAAUAUCUCUCUCUCUCUCUCUCUCUCUCUCUCUCAUCUACCCACCUUUUAAUGUGUAUUUACAUAUAGUCUCGGUGAUUUAGACUCAACUUUGUCUGGGCAAUAAACAGAAACAGAGCCAUGGUUUUCACAAACAAAACACAAGACUUGACCUUGGACUCUAAAAGCUUUUAUUUACUGUAACCAAACAACAUUCCAUUCUCCAAAGAAAGCUUACUUGGAUUAAAGCUAUUGAACACUGAAAUACAUAAAAUACUGUAUAGUAGAAUGAUAUUUACUAUACAAAAUCAAAUUAAUCACUUUGAUAUUAUAGUAUUGCCACCUUGUGCUGAAUGCUGGAAGGUAAUUUUAGUCAGAAAUACUGUUUUUGAAAUUCCUAAAAUUUUACAAAGCGGGGUGGGGAAGAGGGGGAGCGGGACACUAUCAGCAACACAAAAAGACGCAUUUCAUGGCAGCUUCAUCACUAUUCCUACUUAUAAAAGUACCUUUUUCCAACCUUCUAAACCAGGCUUCCCCAAACUCUGGCCCACCAGAUGUUGCUGAAACGCCCAUGAUUUUAUGAAUGAAAUAGGCUGAGAAUCAUGGGAGUUGUAGUUCAGCAACAUCUGGAGGGUCGGAGUUUGGGAAAGCCUGUUCUAAACCAUGGGAGUCCAACCUUUUGGCUUCCAUGGGCCACAUUAAAGGAACACUAUAGUCACCUAAAUUAUUUUAGCUAAAUAAAGCAGUUUUAGUGUAUUGAUCAUUCCCCUGCAAUUUCACUGCUCAAUUCUCUGUCAUUUAUGAGUUAAAUCACUUUGUUUCUGUUUAUGCAGCCCUAGCCACACCUCCCUGGCUAUGAUUGACAGAGCCUGCAUGAAAAAAAAACUGGUUUCACUUUCAAACAUAUGUAAUUUACCUUAAAUAAUUGUAUCUCAAUCUCUAAAUUGAACUUUCAUCACAUACAGGAGGCUCUUGCAGGGUCUAGAAAGCUAUUAACAUAGCAGGGGAUAAGAAAAUUUUAAUUAAACAGAACUUGAAAUAAAGAAAGCUCUCUUUACAGGAAGUGUUUAUGGAAGGCUGUACAAGUCACAUGCAGGGAGGUGUGACUAGGGUUCAUAAACAAAGGGAUUUAACUCCUAAAUGGCAGAGGAUUGAGCAGUGAGGCUGCAGGGGCAUGUUCGAUACACCAAAACUGCUUCAUUAAGCUAAAGUUGUUCAGGUGACUAUAGUGUGCCUUUAAGCACAGAGGAAUUGUCUUGGGCCACACAUAAAAUCUAUCAUAUAAUGAAUUUAUAUAAUAAAUCUUAAAAACCCAUUUUAUAAAUCUUGUUUAGUAGAUAACUCCCUUAUUUGUUAUCCUUACGUGGUAUUGCCAUAUUUAAGGAUUCCAAAUUAGGGAGCUAUCUACUAAAUACAUACAUAUGCAUAUGCACACAUAACUAUAUAUAUAUAUAUAUAUAGUGGGGGCAGAGCUUGCAUCAGGGGUUUGGCUUAUGUGCCAGAGGCGGAGCUUGCGUGCAGGGGUGGAGCAUGGACACGGCAUUGCCGAGAAUGGUGAAGGGAGCCUCACAGUGUUCCCUCCAGCGGCCAGCACCGUAAAUGCGGCUUCAGCAGCCUCCAGCACCCCAUUCAUUAAUCCCCUCAGACUGACACAGGCUGUCACAGUCUGAGGGAAAAAUUAUUUAAAUGUCAUUUUUUCCUUUUGCACUGUCUGGACCAGUCCAGUCCAUCUCCACCCAGACUGCAACCGGGCCGCAUUGCUAGCUGUCCUGGGCUGCGGGUUGGACAUCCCUGUUCUAAACACUUACCACCUAGUAAGAUACAUACCUGAGAAUAGCCAAACAGCAUUAGGAAGAAUUGUAAGAAAUUGUAAUUCUUCCACCCUAUGCUUUCCCAUUAUAUCAGCUAUUUGCUUAACCCAAGGUGGAAACAGUGGAAGAGUACCGUCUACCUCCUCAGAAAAUGGAGUGUUUGCGACCAAAACCUUAAUGGCAGCAUUACAGCCCUCUUUCCCUCAACUUGCAAGUGUUGAUCGCACUAGUCUUGCCACAAAAGGGGAUAUUGUUGAUCUUUUGAGUGAUAUGAAUAAAUUAUAUCGCUGUAUUUAUUGAAGAGUUCCAGACAAUGACAGGGAGUAUGUGAGCUUUGGAAGAUAUUACUGCUAUGAGGGUCAUUAUGCAGAUAUCUGAUAGCAAGUUACAGAAUCUGAUGUACUCUCAUACAGCCCUAUCAUAAGAAUAGAUACUAUUGACUGUGCAUGCAGGCAAAAUAUAAAGCAUUGGUGGCUCAGUGGGGGUGGAAGAACUGCACCAUUGUCUGGAGGCUAUUUUCUACAAAUCUACCAAAGGUGGGUCCUAUUGGAUCCCCAAAACUUCCAGAAAAUGUCUCAAAGCGAUUAUUCGUUUUCAAAGUGCUGAUGGCUCUCAAAGGCAAGAUGACUAUCACUUGUAAGACCUGGUAAAGGUUCCAUUUAUCACUUGAAACAUUUAUGUGUUCUAUUUGAUUCAUAUUAGGAACGUUUGCUUCAUAAGACCUGUUUUUUUGGGGCUCAACAGGCUUUAAUAUAGUUAGUAAGAAUAGUCAUGUCUGAAUAGUCAUGUCUGAUUUUAUCCCUUUUUUAUGUGCAUUAAUUUAAAGUUGCUAAGUGUUCUUACUAAAUAUCUACUUCUCACAGCCUACAAUGUUGUGCUUGAUUCAUUAGGAGUUUUUACUUGCGGGGUCUGUUUCUAAGGUUGUUGUUUUUUUGUUUUGUUUUUUGGUGCCAUCUCUUGCACUACGUUCUGCUUUUAAUAGGACGUAUUUAGGACAUAUUAGUAUCAGGACAUGAAUGUUGACUGUGAAAUCUGCUCAAUCUGUUUUUAACGUCAAGCACUUAUGGAUAUUUUUAUUGUCUGCAAUAAAGAAAAUUACACACCAGUUAGCUCAAGGUUGUAAUGUUUAUUUUCUAUAUGUUGUACUACAAUGGUGGACCCAUUCCUUUUUUUUUUCUUCUUUUUUUUUAAACCAGCUCCCCAGCUUUUUAUUAAGAUGCCCUAAUCUUCUUUUGACAGAACGAUUAUAAAGAGCAGAACGGAAGGAGACUGCAUUAAUAGUAGUGCAACCAUGACUUUAAAGUUCUUAAAUCUUUACCGAGGAUCUUCAAAGGCUAGAAGUUCCUUCUUGUGUGUGCUGCCUUAAUUUGCCAAUAAACCUUGUCUAAAAUUGAUUGUUCCCCUUUCUUUGUUUGUAAUAAUUUAUUAAAUAGAGGCAAACGUUGUGCCUUUAUACUUUUUUUUUAAACAAUGUUUUCCUGUAGAAAGAAGAGGACACAUUACUAAUCAUAAAGCAUUACAUAUUGUUAAUUUGCAUCUUAUUUUAUAUUUUAGGAAAGUAUGCCGCAAACGCCAAUAUUUCCCAGCAUGCUCGGCUCCACCUGUAGUGGGCAGGUGCAGCCAGAAAUGGGGGAGCAGUGUGGGGAUCCGGUUUAUCAAGAUGGCAACCUGGUGUCUGGGUCCUUGGAAGCUUUAAUAGAACGUCUUGUGCCCACAGUGGAUUACUAUCCAGAUGUAAGUACAUUUUUGGAUAUGUAUCAUUUUUGUUUAAUGUUCUUUUUCCAUGUCUAAAUGCAGAGGCUUAAAGCCAAUUUAAAAUUAAAACGAGAGGUCCAAAUUUGUGAUAACUGGUUUGUCUCUUUAUGUUUUUUUUUUUUUCAAAAGUACUUGUGGGAUGUUUUGUAUUUUUUAAACAGUCCUAGCCUCCUUUCAGUAGUAGUUGCAAUUUCUUUUAAAAGCUGACGAAUUCCAGAAGCCUAUCAUUAAACGGUGACAUUCCUCAGUCAGUUAAGACUUUUGCUGGACACACAAAUGGCCAUAUAUUCUUGAAUGGUAAAGUUCUUCCAGAAACCAAUUUUAAAAAAAUAAGAAACUUUGAAGAAACCCGAUAUGUGUAUGGAUAUUUUCUUACGGAAGCUGAAUUCUGUUUGGAUAAAAGUUCCCCAAUGUUACUUGAGGUUGUGUCUGAAUGUAGUCUUCUGUCUGAAUACUGCAGUAACACUUGAAUAAUAGCCUCCUAUUAAUUGUAUUCUUCAGAGUACAUUAUAUCAUCUUUCUAGUGGCAUAAAUGAACAGGAACUAAACUGUAUAAUUACAUUGGAUGCUAUAAUUCCGAUCAUUCUGACUCUGGCCUAAGCUUUUACAGAACUAAACUUAUUUAUUAUCAUGUCUUGCAUUAGAACAUUGAGCACUGGGAAAUAAGCUACCCAGGCACAGAAGAAUCUAUUCAUCUAGGAGAGCCUUUCACUCCUAAUACUGUGUAGAGAACCCUGAGGUUAUAGUUUUCUAUUCUUAAGGAAACCCACAGUUAUUCACUGUCUCUGCUUCUAUGAGAAAUGCUACUUCACUGAGCCCUUUAUGUGGUUAUGGAGGACAUAUGCCACUGUAAGCCACAAAGUGGUAAAAUGUAAAUAGAUAGAGGAAGUGGGAAUUUAGAGUUGCUUACAUACUGAGAAUUCUGUCUCUUGACCCCUAAGGCCUGUCUCCCUAAACAAUGGAUCGUGCUGACUCCAGUACAGUGAUGGCCAAAAUAUCACACUUUAGCUGUUAAAACAGGUUUUCAUAAUCCUCAAUCAGCUUAAUGGACAUGAACAUUCCAUCUUUUGUGUACAUUUCCCACAAUGCACUGCUGCUUCAAUGGAUAGCAGUCAACCCAUGUUUUUAGACUUCUCAUGACACUAAGCCAGCUGAAUGGACAUGAUUCAAUGAGUUUUCAUGGAUGCCAUUUUUCAUGAAGCUCUGACAGCUGCACAGACAAUCAACUGUUAUACAUGAACUCCCUUUUCACUAAGACCUGUCAGCUGUGUGGAUAUGAAUCUACCAGAUUUGAGAACGGUUUCCCUGCUUAGAAGAUUUGCAUACACGGAUAGAUGUGCUCUAUAUAUUGGGCAUAUAUUUUUUCAGCUUUGAGGUUCACACAUUAAAUUUGAGUAGGGAAGAGUUAAUUAUUUCAAGCAAAAGCGGGAAACGGUACUAUAUCGAAACUCCUAGAGUAGAUCUGCAAAUUUAUUGACUCGUCUGAAAAGUAUUUAAACAUUGUUUUCUUCUCUACUCGCUGAGUUUGGCAAAAGAAUCCAUUAAUCUUUGAAAAUAAUUAUUUAUUUAAUUAACUGGCCAGCAUGAGCUCCAUCAUAACAGAAAUGUGUUAGGAUAAAAGUAUGGUUCAAAAAAGGAAUGAUUUGUCCUGGUAAUUAAAUAGCAGCCACUGUACAAGUUUAGCCAUACUGCCAAAUAGCUUCAUUCAAAUAUUUAUUAAUGAAGUUACUAGUUGAGGCUCAUGUGAGCUGCUACUGUGCAGGCUCUCUCAUACAAACCAACGUAAAUUGCUGAAUAGCAUAGUGUGCACACUCUGCAGAGAUUCUUUUUUGUGUGUGUAAAUCGUUGCAGCUAUGCUGUAUAGGAUAGUGACUGACGGUGUGUUGGAGCUCAUCGCAUUGUAACCAAUAUUUUGAGGACCUCUUUAUUUCAGAUAAAACAUCUUUAAUGUGUCAAUACCAUAAUCUUUUCUAAAGUUCUACCAAUGCUUUUGGCAUGGCAUGUGUGGCUGUUUAUUACAAGCGUGUUGAUGUUUUGGGAACAAAAUGUGCUCUCAUUCUAAACCCUGUUGUCUCAGAAAUUCCCAUAGAUGUAAAAGGUCAGUGAAACUUUGCUUCAGUUCAUGAGUACAUUCUUGUACUGCAGACUACAAUAUCCAUGUUUUUUAUGUUUUUAUUCUUCCGUCUUUUUUUUUUUUUUUCGCAUGUGAUUGAUUGUGUUGCUUGGAAACCGUUCUAAGAAAUUUAUGGAGGAUCCAACCUUUUUUUUUUUCCUUUUAAUAUGCGUUGGCAUCCGCUUCAGUGUAGCUGCAAAAGGACCUUUUAAUGUUGUUUAUUGUCAGCUGUAACUGCUGCAAACAGCAACACAAUGCCUUUUCUGUCCCUUUUUAUUAUUGCCUUGCUAAAUCAUAUGUUUGUUAGUACUGAGUGACAUCAACUGUUUGAAUGCGAAACACAUCAACACUGCCACUAUCUAGCAAGCUAAGGGAGUUUAUCAAAACAUCUGAAAACAGGUCUUGACAUCUUAUAUACCAAUUAAUAAAACAAUGUUUGAGGAUAUGCCAUUUUAUUUAUCAGGAAUGCUUUUUAACAAUGCACAUUUCAGGGUUGUAGUAAAUAGAAUGUUGCCCCCGAGCCCCCCUGUAGUCUAUCUUCUAGUUACACAACCCUGAUUUAUGUAUGUAUUAUAUAUUAUUAUCUUCAGCACCAACUAAUUCUGCUACGCUUCACAAUAUUAUAAAAGGAGGAAUUUUAACAAUAAAUGAGAAAAUUAAUUGAAUAAACUGGCAGAUAUAGUACCCCUGGAUUGACUGAAAAACAACCCAUCAGUUUGGCAAUCCUUUGGUGUGUGAAGGGUUUAUAUUAGAUAAAAUUUGAGUUCCAUUCUUUGAUUUAUUUAUGAAAGGAACCUGGCUGUUAAUGUGGGUAGUAGCUAGACAGCCUAAUUAAUAACGCAAGUUAGAAUUCUCAAAGGUAACUGUUUUCGCUUGGAAACAGGGGUUGGGAGGGCCAUACUCUGCAACACUAGUAAGAAAACCCAUUGUAAUCACUUGGGAGUGAGCUGAGCCAGGAUAUGUAGAGCUGACUGUGGGAAAAAGCAUUUUUAAGCAAACAAGUGAGAAGCAAACAUGAAGCAUAGCAAGGAGCCAAAGAAAAUUCAGACAGAAGUGGAUACAGACACGCCAACGUUAUCGCACACAUUUUGGAAAACAGUUCUUCCAUGUUAACUUACAGGUGUAAUGAAAGCAUGAUUUUAUUUGUAGAAGAUAAUCUUAUCUUCAAAGGUAUUACAAAUGUUAAGGAAAUAUAAGGCAUAUUUAGGGCUUUAAUUUUGCUUUUAGACUGUUUAUAUUUAAGCGUAGGCUCUAGCAGGUGACCUGUCAGGUGUAAAGGCCUAUAAAGCUUGCAGAUGCUGGUGCAUAACAUGGGUGGAAGAAGGACUGCAGCUAAAUUACAUUUACUUUUAAGUUACCCAGCUUUUAAUGUGUCUCUUGGUGCAUUGCAUAGUGGGUCUGUUUGCAGAUGCAAACAAAAUGCUCCCGCACUACACACACAAGGAAAGAAUUGGCACUGACCGUCUAGAACAGGGAUUCCCAAAAGGUAGAUCCCCAAAUGUUUUAAAACUACAGCUUCCACAAUGGUUUGUCUUUCUAAAAUAAUUCCAAAGAUAUGCAAAGCAUCAAGGGAAUUGUAUUUCUAAGACAUCUGGGGAUCUACCUUUUUGGCACCCCUGGUCUAGGACUAAGUGUGCUGGAUUGACAGCUGUAGUGGGCUCAGUUUGUAAAUUGCUGCCACUAUAGUCCACUUGCAAGCAGAGAGAGUGCAAAGUGCUUAUGGUGCUUAAGCUAACCCUUUCAUACCCAGGAUCAAUAACUUUAAAAAAAAAUGAGUUUUCACAUUGUAAUUUUAUGCAAGAUUACCAUAGAAAUGUGCCUUUGCUUCAAACUGUUUGCUAAAUAUUGUAGUACGUGUUUCAUAUUUCAGUGUGGGAAUGUUCAAAACAAUAAUCAGUAGAUGUUUUCACUUGACUAUAAUAUUGUAUGAUAGCAAUAAUACAGUACCAUAAUCAUUGGUUUGCUGUUUAAAUUUAUUGUCCUAUUGGUAUUUCUGGACUAUGUCCUUCCACUGAAAAGCUAGUGAAUGACAAACUAGAGAUUAUACAGAAUUUCUAUAGAGUGUAAUUUACAGAAAAUAUCCCACACUUGUUUAUUCUAUACAGUUAAAUUUGUAAACACCGUUAUGGAUUAGAAAUGAAUCGGAUAAUUAUUUCUUUGCGAUGCUUUAAGCUGCAAAAUGUGUACUGAGCCUGAACAUAUUUUUGUGCAGUGUUACAAGGUUAUAAUUAUCAUUUGUUUAAAAAGCGGCAAUUUAUUAUGCGACCGUGCCAGAUUGAAGUCAUACUAACAAAUCAUUGGUAACAUUGCUGCUGUAGAAAAAUGAAAAGAGAAAUUGAGGCCCUGAGACUACACAUUUUCCAAAACAGAGUAAAUUAAAUGGUUACUUUCGGCAUGUCACAGAUUUACAUUAUUGCAAAGUUAAAAAAACGAAACAAAAAGUUACUUGCGCACUAUCCCAAAUCCCUAUGCACAUUUAAAUAACUGGAGGUUUUUUUUUAGUAUCACUCCAAUGGCCAUUCAAGUGUAAGCUCACCUGCCACAGCAAGGCAAACUAGCAGGAGUGGGAGUUUGAACGCAGGGCUUAAUUUUGUAUGUUUGUAUUUGCUUUUGUUCUACACAGUCUUGUUACAGUUCUGCCACCCUCCCCCAUGUGUUCCCUUUAAAGGACCACUCUAGGCACCCAGACCACUUCAGCUUAAUGAAGUGGUCUGGGUGCCUGGUCCUUCUAGGGUUAACCCAUUUUUUUAUAAACAUAGCAGUUUCAGAGAAACUGCUAUGUUUAUUAAUGGGUUAAGCCUUCCCCCAAAGCCUCUAGUGGCUGUCUCAUUGACAGCCACUAGAGGCGCUUGCGUGUUUCUCACUGUGAUUUUCACAGUGAGAGCACGCCAGCGUCCAUAGGAAAGCAUUGUAAAUGCUUUCCUAUGAGACCGGCUGAAUGCGCGCGCAGCUCUUGCCGCGCGUGCGCAUUCAGCCGGCGGGGCGUAACGGAGGCGGAGAGGAGGAGGAGAGCUCUCCGCCCAGCGCUGGAAAAAGGUAAGUUUUUACCCCUUUCCCCCUUCCAGAGCCGGGCGGGAGAGGGUCCCUGAGGGUGGGGGCACCCUCAGGGCACUAUAGUGCCAGGAAAACGAGUAUGUUUUCCUGGCACUAUAGUGGUCCUUUAACCCCUUAAGGACCAAACUUCUGAAAUAAAAGGGAAUCAUGACCUGUCACAACUUGUUUUCCUGGCACUAUAUAAUCCUUAGGUCCCCCCCACCCUCAGGCAGGAGCGUUUUAGCCACGAGGCAAACAAGGCAUUUGCCUUGGGCGGCAUUUUCCAGGGGACGGCAAAAAAGCCGCCCCUAAAUGCCCAGGGCAAAUGCCUUGUUAGCCUUGUGGCUAACUGACAUACCGGGCGGGCACGCGGCUGGCGAGGGAGCACUUCCUCUGAGCUGUCUGCUCAGCUCCCUCGCGCGCCACAUAGUGAGGCUGGGAGCCGGAAUAUGACGUCAUAUUCCGGCUCCCAGCUUCACUCUGCAGCCGCGAGGGAGCUGAGCAGACAGCUCAGGGGAAGUGCUCCCUCGCCCCUCCCCCCCAGCAUUCCCAAAGGUAAGGAUGCCGUGGGGGGUGGUUUAAAUAAAUUAAAAAAAAUAUGUUAAUGUGAGUGAGUGUGUGUAUAUGUCUGUUAGUGUGUGUGUGUCUGUUAGUGUGUGUGUGUCUGUUAGUGUGUGUGUGUCUGUUAGUGUGUGUGUGUCUGUUAGUGUGUGUCUGUUAAUGAGUGAGUGUUUGUCUGUGAGUGUGUGUGUGUUUCUGUUAGCUAGUGUAUGUGUAUCUGUCAGUGAAUGUGUGUGUGUGUAUUUUAGAAGGUUGGGUGGGGGUGGCACGGGGGAGAGGGUGCGCCUGAGUUUUGUCCUGCCUAGGGCAGCACAAAACCAGGAUACACCACUGCCCUCAGGGCCCUCCUUAAUCUUAAUCCAGUGCCAGACUCCCUCUGCGCUGGUGCCCUCUCCUUCCCCUCCGACUUCCGCUCCCAAGUAGAGCCAGAUGCGCAUGCGCGGCCAGAGCCGCGCGCAUUCAAACCGCCAAUAGGAAAACAUUACUCAAUGCUUUCCUAUGGACGUUCUAUAUGCUCAAUGCGAAGACCGCCACUAGACGCUGGAUUAACCCUGCAAUGUAAACAUAGCAGUUUUUCUGAAACUGCUAUGUUUACAGCUGCAGGGUUAAAACCUGGGGGACCUGGCACCCAGACCACUUCAUUCAGCUGAUGUGGUCUGGGUGACUAUAGUGGUCCUUUAAGGGUUAAUAAGUGUGUUGGAGUUUAGAAAAAUACCCCUAAGAGGUAAUGCGCCAUAGGCUGUCUGAUACCAGCUCGCUGUGCGUGCUGGUGUCAGAUGCAGGUUUUGCACAGAAUCGAUAUAAACUUGCCCAGGAACUCUUAUUGAGCACUUUAGUAAUUGAAGUAACCAUUUAACUUCAGUUGUGCUACACACACAGCUUGGGCUUAGGUUUUUCUUCAAAACACUAUACGGGGAACCAAGCUAUAUUCAAACUGAUUGGUUGAAUGAAACUACUCUGAAGUCUGAUGACACCCAUACCACAACUGCUAUGUGAUGUUUGGAACUGAGUGAUAUACAACAUAUCCCUGAUAACAGAGGUUUUUAGGAUAAGAACAGACUCCAUAAUGAGAUUCUCCAGAUUGGAAGUCUCUUCGUGGCAAGCAGACCCUCUAUACUGUGUAUUCAUAAAGAAGUAAGCUAUUAAGUAUAUUUACAUUUUUAUUGCAUUAUUGUUUUAUUCAUUAUUUAUACAAUAUAUUAAAAAUCAGGGAUAAUUGCAUUCCUUUCCCUUUAACGUAUCUAUAACUUUCAAUUUAAAUACUUUGAAGCCAGAAGUUUUUUUUUUUUGUUGGUUCAUUCCGGUCUGAAAUAAGUCUACUGAUAAAUUUGAAUGACUAGUUUCAAAUAUGGAAGGAAUAAAUUGUUGACUUUAUGUGUUUCCCACAGAGGACCUACAUCUUUACUUUUUUGCUGAGCUCCCGCGUCUUCAUCCAUCCUCAUGAAAUCCUCGCUAAAGUGGGACAUAUCUGUAUCAAACAGAAGCAGCAGCUGGAAGCAGGAGCAGAGGCUGAUAAGGUAAAGGAAGCAGAGAUAGAAUGGUAAUGCUAAGCUUUAGUGGAAUCCCAUUUUUUAUUGUAAAGUUUCACCUCUCCCUGCUCUAAUCAUCGUAUACUCUCAUAUUCUUCCUCCUUCUCUCCAAAAUCGUAACCCCUCUCCCUGUUUGUUUCUCUGAUCGGUUCGCUUUUGUGAAUUUUUUUUUUAUUUUUUUUUUAUGCCUUUUUACUGUGUGUUCCUUUAGUUUGUAUUUUAUCAUAAUCUGCUAGAAUGUAGUGUUAACCGUGUGGAGUUCACCAAAGUAACAUCAUUUUAAACCAAAUGCAAGUUAAAGAGGAACUGUUAGGUUGAAGAUUGGGGUAAUUUUGAAUACUGCACAGCAAAUGAUCUAUUACACAUAUUUACCCAUUUCUUUUAUUUAGAAUUCUUUUAGAUUCUAGACCUAGAGCAAUGUGUAUCACUUUUCAAUAUGUAACAUUCACAGUGAACAAUCUGAAGGUCCCUUUUUAGCAAUUAUUAGCUUCUUUUCACAGUAUGUUGCUUAUAUAACGUAUCUCACAUGACAAAAACAUGACAUUAUGUGUUUUUCAAAUCUAUUAGUGAGGUUUAAUAAAGCUUCCGUAUUUACUACCAAACAUAAGCUUUUAGUACAGCUAUUGCCACCAACAUAUGCCAUAGAACCCACAGCUAGAUAGUUAGCUGUUUGACAUUCUGCCAUGUAUUGUUUGAGCUUGUGUGUGUGGUUUGUAUAUAUAAAUAUAAAAGGCAGCACUAUGCAGCAGUCUAGCGCGUGCAUUAAGGGGGGCUAUGAUAUACAAAAAGUCUGAUCUCCGCUUUUUGAAGUCAGGUAUCACACCUAAACAUCAGCCAGCUUAAUCAGACUGUAAGGACAUUUAAUUUUUGCAUGGUGUUCACAGUUGUGCUACAUCUGUGUACUCUCAAUGCUCUUCAUUAUCACAGUGAUUUAUUUUAUUUUUUUUACUGCAAGGUUAAAUGCUUACUGGUAGCGCUUUUCUCCAGAUAACACCAAGGACCCCAAAAUCUUUGCCUAAGUCUCAUAAGCCGUUUAGUGCUUGACAUUUUAUGUUCACAGCGUUCUCUGCAUAAACAAACAGCGCACUCCCCUCCCUUUUCAAAAGUGAAGUUCUUCCCUUGGCUCUGUGCCUAGACAGCAAAUCACAUACAGACACACUUGGCAUUCCUCAUGUCUUUUAUGGGACGUAAGGGGUGUACAGUCUGUGCAGUGCUAAGUCAGCUUCUGUAUAUCCCUCUGAAAGCUGCAAACUCAAAAAUGAAUCCAUUAAUUAUUUCUGAAUUAUCUCUUACAAAAGUGUAAUAAACAUUGUCCCUCUGAUGUCAAAUCAUUUUAAAAUUCUCUUUUCAUAUUACCCUCUUCCUUUGUCAUCACUGAUUAGGCAGGCAAUUAAAAUUAGUAUGGAACUUGUGACGAUUAGGAAAGUUUCCACCAUACGAAAGAGAAAGUGUCCGUUCCCCUGCAUGAACUGUAUAUGUCUUGUGAUACUCACAAUCUGCAUUGUGAUGUGUAAUCUAAUGGAGAGUUAAGGGGGAGCCCUUUAGUGACUUCUACUUGUGGCAAAGCCUCUCACACAGGCCGAUACAGGAAGCAACAUACACUUCUUGUGUUGUAAUCUACCUACACUUCCUUCUUGGAAUAACUGAGUGAAGUGCAGACCAACAUUUGCUAUCAUAUGGUUUUUGUCACUUUUUUUUUCUGUGUGACACAUAUCCGUAAAGAAACCACAGUUAAAUGUUAGAUGCUGUCACUCUAAAAUCACCUUCGAGAUUGUAGAAAGCACUGAAUGUUUUCUGUUUUACAAUGUAUUUGCAUACCUUGGAUCCCCUAGCUUUUUAUUAAAAAAUCGGGGUGAAUGUGCACAGCUCAGGGUCAUAUAGUAAUACAAGCAACUCUUCAGGUAGAUCACCCAUAAAAGUGAGUAUCUGCUAAACACACAGAUACCUACAUCUUACUAACUCAUACGUAAAAUAUGUUGUAUAUCUUUUUGACAUCAUAAAACAAAUGUAGCUACACACUCUUUCUCACUCAAACAGCACUGGAGAGUCACCUGUGGUCCCCAAAUAGAUGAUUUGACUAUGACUGAAAUGGUUAAAACCCUGUGUUAACAUAUUAAGUCGUUUAUUUUUAUUAGAAUAUAAAUAAUGAGCUGGAUUGGGGGCUUCCUUAUCUAAAAUACCAUCAUGAAUCUGUUUAGCAACCAUUUUACUGAGUGUGUCCUGUAGAUAUAAAGGGAGGGAAGUCCCCUGGAUGCACAGUGAGAGAUAGAUGUAUUUUUUAAAUCCAGAUAUCAGAAAAGUGAUGCACAGGCAAUAAUACACUGAUUAUCAAUUACACCGUAGAUGCUGCAAACUUGUAGCUCAGUAGGAUCGCUUCAGAUAUGACUUAGCCCUAAGUGUUGCCUAUGCAGCUAUAACAGUCUCAUACUUGCCGUGGAAGAUUUACCCUUAGAUUCUUGGAUUUAUUUCCAAGCUGGUCACAAUAUCAUUUAAUAAGGUCCAGUAAACAAAGUCUGAUACAGAUGGCAUUAAAAUUAAUUCCAAAUAUAUAUUUUGGGAUUAAGAUGUUUGUGGGGUUUUUUUGGGUUAGGGAAGUGCCUAAUGGGGCUUAUCUUGCAUGUCUGAAAACCGCUUAUUACAACAUAUCUUGCUUAAUUUUCCAGGCCAAACUCAAGUAUUUUGCUGCAAAAAUUAUCCAAUUGCUAAGGGAGUGGACGGAAACUUUCCCCUUUGACUUCCAAGAUGAAAGGGCCAGAAAAGAGUUGAAGGAGAUUGCACAGAGGAUUACCCAAUGUGAUGAGGUGAGAAGAACAGAUUUUGUAUUAUUUUGUACCUUGGGAUGUGACUGGUUUAUCUCUAAACAUGUGUCCACUCAAAACAUAUCACACACCUGCACAAAUAGUGGAACAGGAUCAGAUGGAUUUUAAGAUUUGGCAGGUGUGGUUUGCCUUUUGUGUUGAUAAAAAUGGUGACGUUUUAUGGGUUUUCAAUAUGAGCUCUGCAUGACUUUUACAUUUCUAGCAGUGAAAGGAGUGGUACAAUACUGUCCAAGAUAAUAUGGAUAACUUUCCUAACCUACAUGAGCAUACGAUCAUUUCACAUACAGAUCCUAUGGAUCCUCCACCAUGUGUGCAUGCGCAACAUGUCUAAACACAAACCAGGAUGGACACCAAAUGUACUGCCAAUAUAAAUGCAACUGUAUUUACAAAGCAAUAUAACAAUACAUUAAUCAAACAUAUAAAAGGACAAACAAAAAGUUUUAUAAGGCUAGAAUUUAACAUUAACAUUUAAACAUACAGUAUACACAUUUACAUCAAUAGCCUACCAGAGCAGGACAAAAGUCACAAACAAACAAACAACGUUUUGGCAAGCCACGGUGCCUUUCUCACCUACAACAUGGCUACGCAAUGCUUCACAGGUCAGCAGAGUUCAAUUUGGAUCCUGGUUUCUGACUAGUUACUCCUAGUAAUUGGCACAGAUAAUCAAAAUUGCAUAUUUUAAAACUAUAUGCUUGUGCAGCUGAACAUAUUUUGUACAUUUGGUGUCCCACAUUAUAUAUAUAUAUAUAUAUAUAUAUAUAUAUAUAUGUCAGUAAAUGUCAUAACACACCUGAGUGUAGUUUAAAUUACAUCAUUCAAUUAGCAGUAGUAUCAAGGCAGUGCAAACAUUUGAGGUUACUGUGUUUACAGAAAUAUCCUGAGUAUGUCAGUAGAUUUCAGUGGUAAUCUGAUUUGACUAAAAAACUAUUUUUAUAUUUAACAGUUAAUAGUAUCUACAUCUACUAACAACCAUGGAUUUAUAGGUGUGUAUAUAUAAUCCUCUGACUUGUAGAGAAGGUCGGUAUAAAAUCGAUCUAUCGUCUUUUUAAUAUAUCAUCACAAAUCUCUAAAAUGGAUGCAUUUUUAAGUCUAUAACUGUGUCCAAGUUCUUUAUUGAAGCUGACAUCUAAUCAGUCGAAGAGAAGAGGCAUUUAAUGGGUUAAUCAAACCAUACACCAGCGUGGCACUACGACACCUACAGUAUCAAUCAGAGAAAUUAGAGAACAGUGUAGUUUCUGAUGCAAAAAGACAGAUAAUAUCCUGCAAUUAGAUUGCAUUUCGGUUGUCUGACUAUUUUCUUGCUUGCCUACACGAGGCAGACCGUAAGAAAGAAGCUUUUGUAAUGUGUUAGGAGAGCUUGAUUCACAGAGAAAGAGCUGUCUCUGGACAUCAUCAUUCUGCCAUCUGCCCCUGAGACUGAAUGAGCCACAGAACAUGAAGUACACUCUGCUAAUAAACAAUGAAAUAAUUUGUAUGCAGCAGCCAUGUUGGCUCACUUCACAGAAUGAUAAGCUUGUUGAGAAAUGGAAAGAACUAAUCAGCACCUUGCUCUAGAAAAUCAGACACAUGUUGGUAGGAUUUAUAUAUUCUAUUAUCAUUAUUAGUAGUGCAUUGAUUAAUAUAUAAUUAUUUAGUGCUGCUUUGUUAACCACGCCGUGCGUUUUGCCUGUGUAUCCUGCAUUUGAAGGGCUGAUUGCCUGAUUUGCUAGAUAUUAUAAAACUGCUCUAAAAUUUUGUAAAAAAACAUUACUGGAAAAAUUAUAGCUUUGGUGGUACCAGCAGAUAUACUGCCUAAGCUAUCGCCACCUAUCUACUUGCUACUUGGAUACAAAUGUGUCCAUAAUGUUGUAGGUUAUACUUUUAGUGUUAAUGCCCAUUGUUCAGCGCCAUGGAAUUUGCUGGCACUAUAUAUAUAAUAAUAAUAAUAAUAAUAAUGGUGACAAAAAGAUCUGUAAUUUAGGUACAUGUGUUUGUACAUUUUAGACAAGGAUGUAUAUUGUGAAACUAUACAUUUAAAUGCUCAAAUAAUCGAGUUGAGGGCUUUAUGAUCUAUGAUAUUUUGCACCAUCUUGAAUCGGUGGUUUCUGCAGCACAUCUUAUUGCCUGUUGGAACAGGAUAACUACAGUUUAUACACAAUGUACAUUUUUCCAUAGUCAUGAUUAUUUAUUGUGAAAUGAUUUUUUUUUUUUCUUUUAAGGAGAAUGGUACCAUCAAGAAGAGCAUUAGUCAGAUGACUCAGAAUGUGUUGCUCGCCCUAUCCACACGUGGUCAGUAUCAGGAAAUUCGAGAGAAGAUUCGUCAGCCUGUGGCCGAUAAAGGAACUAUCCUGAAGACAAAACCCCAGCCAUCCCAGAAGGAUAUACUAAGUGUGUGUGCAGAUCCACUAGUCCUAGCCCAACAGCUCACUACUAUUGAACUGGUGAGAAUCUCUACGUGUCUCUAAUGUCUGAUGCCUUGAUGGGAUUGACCCGGUUUCUUCCUAUGAUGUAACAGUUGUAACUGAUGUGUAAGCAUAAUACAUUGUAAAUCGUUGCUCAUUUUUUCCUGAUAAUUGUUUGAGGCAAGUGAAGCGCUGUGUGAUCCUGAAAGCCGUUUCAUCAGUGUUUGUAUAAAUGUCAUUGAAUGAUAUGAUAACGGAGAUCUUCUUUGCAGGAACGACUAGGAAACAUUUAUCCUGAAGAUCUAAUGCAGGUCAUUAGUCACAUGGACUGCUUGGACAACCACAAGGUAGAAGUUCUUCUAAUGACUAUUUGGGAAUGCAUUGAAAAUACAUUAACAGUUUCCAAAGUGUAAUAAAUUUAGAGAAACAUCUAAGCAUUGUCUGUCAUUUCAUGUUACCCAUUAAUUGCUUGUUUUCCAUAAUUAUCAAGAUUACAUUGUGUUCCAUAGCAUAACAUUUCUUCAUUAACAAAUGCUUGUAGUUUCUUGCAAUUUCUUAAAACAACGAAUCCAUGUGGAAUGCUAACACCUUACACAGACUAGUUCAGAACAUUCUUUCUCUUUUCUCCAAUAGUGCCGUAGUGAUGUCACCAAGACCUAUAACCUAGAAGCGUAUGACAACUGGUUUAACUGCCUCAGUAUGCUGGUGGCUACAGAGAUCUGCAGGGUAAGAUCUUUAUGCAGAACACAAGAGUAUAAUUAUCUUUUUUGGCCUUAGUACACUAAAAUUUUGGCACCUGUAAUGACUGGUUUUGAAGUGACACCGUGGACUUCUACUAUGAAAGAGAAACUACUAGAAAAAUGCUAAAAAACAAACAAAAAAAAACCUAAAGAUAUCUGUAGUAAAUGCUUUGAUCUCAUUGUACAGUGCUACGGAAUCUGAUGGUGCUAUAUAAAUAAUAAAAUAAUUAAUAAUAAUGAAAAAGCAAGUAUCAUCAUCAGAUAUAAUGGCAUUCUAAGAGUCAGUUUAAGUAUUGUCAUGGAACAAAAUGCCUUUUUCGUGAUUGAAGAUCUCUGCUACCAGAUUUAAGGCACUUUGUCACUUUUCAGAAGAUUUUUUUGAAAAUUCCAAUGCAAUUAAAAGAUGUUUACAAGACAAAGCAGGGAAUACAUUGUCUCAUGUAAUAUCCAAUGUUUGGCAAAAGCCAGAAAAGGAACCAAAAGCUGGUGGGAACAGACAUGCUCUCACACGAUGCGCAAUUAAUGCCCAUAAUACCUUAUUGCAUAUGUGUGAGAUUAUUACAUAGUUACAUAGCUGAAAAGAGACUUGCGUCCAUCAAGUUCAGCCUUCCUCACAUUCGUUUUUUGCUAUUGAUUCAAAAGAAGGCACUUACAAUUUUUUGGGGGGGAUGGUUGGUAUUGUCCCGGAUUUAUUUGUAUAAUGUUUGUAUAAUGUUAUCAUAUCCCCUCUCAGGCGACGUUUUUCUAAACUAAAGAGGUUUAAAUUUGUUAACCUUUCUUCAUAGCUGAUAUGUUCCAUUCCUUUUAUUAAGUUUGUAGGUUGCCUCUGCACUUUUUUUAGUGUCAUAAUAUCCUUCUUUAGAACAGGUGCCCAAAAUUGCACAGCAUAUUCAAGAUGUGGUCUUACCAGUGAUUUAUAAAGAGACAAAAUAUUAUUCUCAUCCUGAGAAUGAAUGCCAUUUUUCAUGCAUGAUAAUACCUUACUGGCCUUGGCCACUGCUGAUUGACAUUGCACAUAGUUUGUUGUCUAUAAUAAUUCCCAUUAUCUAUGGAAGAUCUUGAUGGAUCCUCCAUAGACUAACUUUGUACUCCUGUGCAUGUGCAGGAAAUGCAGAGACCCCACAAAAACCAGCCAUUUAAAGUCUGUUAAAUGUAACUUCAUUCUAUUGCUAGAGGGCAGAGCAACAUAAUAGUACUGACACUCAAAUGUUUAAACAUUUAAUGGUUUAAAGCCUUAUAACUGUAACAUGCACUGAGAAUCUUUAGGAAAUGCCCUAGUGACUGAGCUAGUACAAAUCAUAACUGGUAACCUACAUGUUCUUUAGGAUAGAGCUUCUGCCUUGAAACAUAAGCCCACUGCUCUUAUACAAAGAACGGCUGCAGAAUUCGACAGUGUUUGUGGCAGACUAGUGUUGAAUACAGUUUCCUUUUUACAGGCAAUUCAGUUUGCUCAGCAGUCAACUAAAUGCAUGUUGCUAAAAAUGAGGAAAUGUAAAUACAUAAUGCGUGAACUUUCUAAGAAAAAGCAUUCUAUUUCUCAGGAGGUGUGAUCUCAAAUUGCAUGACUCUAAAUGAAGAUUUAUGUAGAGUAGAAUUUCUACCCUUGUGUUUGAAAACUGGAUUAUAACACAUACUUUGCCAAUACUUAGAUAUCAGAAGAAUGUGAAUGUGGGUAUUACUGGCACCAAUCGUUAUGUGCGGAGAUAUUGGAAUCUGUAUUGGAUAGAGCCAUUGUUACACUGUUGGCAUAAAUUCCAAGUAUGCGCUUCCAAAGGUCAAAUUCUGCCUGAGUUUCUCUGACUUUAAGGAUUUGGGUUUAUUCAUAGGACAUCAUUAUCCUCUAUGCAUAUCUGUGUAUACCCACAGGGGACACUUGGAGUGAGAUAUUGGAAUGUCUUUGAAAGCAUUUGUAACCCACCAGCAAGAUGAAAAAGUUUAUUAUACAACAUUUUUCUGUUCCUGAAAGUACCCUAUGUACUCGGGAUGAAGCAGAUUGUCAACCAAUUGAGAUAUUAUUUGUGUAUUUUAUAGCGCCCAUCUUGUAUCUUUCCUGACAGGUGGUGAAAAAAAAACAGAGGACCAGAGUAAUGGAAUUCUUCAUUGAUGUGGCGAGAGAAUGCUUCAACAUCGGCAAUUUCAACUCCAUGAUGGCCAUCAUAUGUAAGCAAACAUAUUUUAUGAUAUGAUAUUACAAACAGCCAACUUUACAUUUUAAGAGCAAUAAACUAAUUCAAAGAAGUAGCUAGAGAAGCAUUUUGUUGUAGUAGACUUAUUACACUCUGCACUCGGAGCAUAUAUUUCAUAUCUGAGAUCUGAGGAGAGCAUGUGAUUGUGGACAACCUGGAAUGGCUGGGAAAAGGACUGGAAUCGUUCCUUGUUUUGUUCAAUAUUUAGACAUUUCUAUUAUUGUCCUGCAGCUAUUUCAACAGCUAUUAUUCUACAGACAUGUUACACUACUGCUCUAAUAAUUAUCAAACCAAACAUUGUACCAUAAAUCCAGGGCUGCCAUCAGAAAUUUUGGGGCCCCUGACACAGCUCAAGGUCUGGGCCCCCCGGUGCCUGCACCCGAGUCUGCCCAAAGUGCUGCCCCCCCCUGAGUCCGCCCACAGGGAUGCAGUGUCUGUACUGAUUCUGGUGUGUGUUUAACGGAUGCAGUGUGUCUAGUGGAUGCAGAUUGUACAUUUGUGUAAUGUAUGAGGUGUAUAUUAGAUGCAGAGUGUGUAUGUGUGUUUGUGUAGUGGAUGUAGUGUUUGUGUGUAUUAAAUUAAGUGUGUGUGUAAAUGUUAGUGUAUAGUGUGUGUAAAUGUUAGUAAAUAGUGUGUGUAAAUGUGUUGGUGAAAAAUGUGUGUAAAUGUUAGUGUAUAGUGUGUGAAUGUUAGUGUAUAGUGUGUGUAAAUGUUGGUGAAAAGUGUGUGUAAAUGUUAGUGUAUAGUGUGUGUAAAUGUUGGUGUAUAGUGUGUAAAUGUUAGUGUAUAGUGUGUGUAAAUGUAUGGGGCUGCAAAAUGUGGGGGGAAAAGCCUACAGUUUUUUUUUUUUUCCAUCCAUUAAUUGUAUUGUUUUUUUCCCCCCUCCCUGUAUCUCACCUGUGGCCAUGGAGGGGGGAGAUCACAUUGGCUGGAGCUGGAGGUCCUGAGGAAUGGUGCAGCCCCCGCUACCUGUAUUCUGCAGGGGGCCCAGCACACUUGAAAUAUACUGCCCAGAUGCUCUGCUCUGUCGAAGUCUUGCGAGCCGUGUGGAGCAUUGCCAUGGCAAUGCGCUGACGAUCGCAUCGCUCACGAGACUUCGACAGAGCAGAGCAUCUGGGCAGUAUAUUUCAAGUGUGCUGGGCCCCCUGCAGAAUACAGGUAGCAGGGGGGGCCUGCAGUGCACACAUAUAUAGCGUUAAUUGCUAUAUAUGUGUGCACAUAGCUAAUGUGGGCAGUGGCGUACACACAACCCAUGGGGCCCCGGUGCGAAAACUGAUCCGUGCCCCCCCCAUGCGCUUACUCUGCGCGGGCUGGGCCGCAACACAUGGCGGCGGGCACCGGGUCGCAGGGCUGCGACCCCUGCAACUGUGGUAUGUACGCCAAUGCAUGCAGAUACACUUAAAGGACCACUACAGACACCCAGAUCACAUCAGCUCAAUGAAGUGGUCUGGGUGCCAGGUCCCUCUAGUUUUAACCCUGCAGCUGAAAACAUAGCAGUUUCAGAGAAACUCAAGCAAGGUUUGGGAACCUCAUAGAACCCCUCCAGAACCCUUCCAUUGUAAAUAACAGAGUGUAGAAUAAGGAGCCACUGAUUUUAAACUGCAGUGAAUAAUGAAUUUUUACACUUCAACCAGAAUACCAUUAGUUUCAAUUCUUAACUCUCUGUUAAAACUUGUGACUUCUUACUUUAAUCACAAACAUCCAGUAUUUGCUACAUAAGAAGAUUAUUGGUCUAAAGUCCUUAUUGUCAUUCCCCUUAGUUCCAAAGCAAAUUAGGGAGUCCCAAGUUAUUUGGCUGGUCAUUCUGAACUACGAUUUCAUAAUGCAGACUUUGUUUGUUAUUGAGUUACAUUUUACACUGGCAUUUAUAUUGCCAUUCUUAAUUUUUUUUUACAUUGUCUUGAUUAUUUCCUCUGGGUUUUAUUCCCCUCUAUCACCUGUUAUAUUUUUUUACAUUUUCUUUUCUAUUCCUACGUCUUCCUCUCCCAUCCAUUAUUUCAUGCUAACAAAAACCUAGGAUCCUUUUUUCUGUUUUUGUAUUCUUCAUAUUUCACUAAAUACACAAAGCCUUGUGCUUUUACGCAACGAUUGAUUUUGCUUAUUGCACAGUACGUUCCUUUCGUGUGAAAAAUACACCUGUAGAAUCUGCUGACUCAUGUUGUUUAGUGUUGGGUGACGUCUGUUCCAUAGUAUACAAUGUACUAACUGAAAACUAUUUACAUAAGGUUGUACAUACCUAGGAGGAUUUUUUUAUUUGUUUUCUUUCAAGUGGUAAUAGCCACAUCAUCGAAACGCAUACGAUCGUUAUAACAAAAAUGUAAUAUUUAUUUAAUCGGUGUACCUGUAGAGACAAGAUACUGCCAUACAAUCUUUAUAAUGGAAAUUUCAUAUUUAUUUAAUCGGGGUACCUGUAGAGAAAAGAUACGGCCAUACAAUCUUUAUAAUGGAAAUUUCAUAUUUAUUUAAUCGGGGUACCUGUCGAGACAAGAUACGGCCAUACAAUCUUUUUAAAGCAGUUAGUCUCGGUCACCUGUAGAGAAUAUAAUAAAACAUUUACGAGAUAUACCUUGGGAUAGAAGCUAGGUGCGGUAGGAUACCAAAUUGCCUUUUAAUGGCUUAUUAUAUUUUUCUUGCAAGAAAUGCAAAAUCAUGUAAUUUUUAUUUAUUUUUUUCAUAGCUGGGAUGAACCUCAGUCCUGUCGCUAGGCUAAAGAAAACAUGGUCCAAAGUAAAAACAGCCAAAUUUGAUGUUUUGGAGGUAAGGUUAGCAUCAAAACAGCCAUUGUUUUUUGUUUAUUUGAGAUAUGAUUAUGAACAUAUAAACACCAUCUGGCAGAACCCAAAAUAGCAACUUUGUUAUUGGUACCAGUGUUGUGCUUAUAUUUAGAGAAAUUGUACACAUAAUUGUAGCUAUGUGGCAGUGUUUGUAUGAAAGUGUAACAAGCGCUGUGAUAAGCAGAUAUAUUUGUGUGUUUUUUUGUGUGUUUUUUUUUUAAUCAUUUCCUUUAAUGUUUCCUGAAAUGUUAUGUUUUCAAAUCUAAGAGAAUUUAUACUGCAUGCAGAAUUCAGAAUAAUCAAUUACAAAAUCUAAAGGAACAUCUAUCCCACUAUAUAUACUAGUAUAUCAAAUCAGUGACCAACCUUUAUCCCCGAGUUCAUAACUGAACUGAUUGUAUACACUUGCAUUAUGUCAAGUCUAGCCAUGUUAAUAGCGGAUCCUUCUGACCUUGUCACUUCUCAUUAUGGUACUUGUUAAGAGAAUGUGACCCUACUCUAAGAGAGACCGUAGCUGUAAUCAUGUUUCCUGGUGUAAAUUGAGCCGAGCAAAAGCCCCAUCUAGUGUCUAACUAUAUGAUUACAUUUUAAUAUUGGAUUGUUUUUCUUUAUAUAAAACAUGAUGCUGUUGACACAAUACUCAUAAAAUAUAUUUGCAGGAGACAUUAAAAUGCUUGUUGAGAUGUAAAGGUUUAUCAUCUAAUGUCAGACUGUGUGUAUGAGUGAUGAAAUGUAAAACAAAUUAUUUUUUGUUUUUGUUUUAAGAAUAAAUAUAUGAUUUAGUAUUGUGGGGACAGUGAUACUGAUGGCUGUUUAACUGGCGGUUGUAUUUUAUAGCAUCACAUGGACCCAUCAAGCAACUUCUGUAAUUAUCGUACAGCUCUGCAGGGGGCAACACAGAGAUCCCAAAGUGCCAAUAGCAGUCGCGAGAAAAUAGUCAUUCCUGUUUUCAACAUAUUUAUCAAAGAUAUUUUCUUCUUGCACAAGAUCCACUCAAACUGUUUACCUAAUGGACACAUCAACUUCAAGGUAACUAUGGCUUUACAUUUUUUGCACUGGGAAAAAAGUCAUGGUUGUAACCUUUUGAAGCCUAGCUAAUUGAGAUUAUAUGUGCAUUUUGGAAGUCAGCUUUUUUGAAAUCCCAAGCAUUGUGUUUUGAUAAUGUUUGGUUUUACCUGGCAAUUCAGAUGUCAUUCUGAAGGGAAAUUUUAAUUUCCUUAAGUCUUACAGAAUAGAUCUAGGCAACAUGCAUUGUGUUCCUUAGAAAAUCCUGGACUUACAGCAUCUCACAUGGACGUCGUAGAUUGUCACAUGUGCUUACAUGUGAUUGCCUACAUCCUUAACCACUGUCAAAAGUUUAAAUGGAUAGGGUGGUUUGGUACUCUGGAUAGUGACUGGUCCCGGAUUCCCAGUACUCUAGUAUAAGUACGCUGAAAGAGGGAUCUGUAUUUAUAUAUUUGUGUAGGCGCAUUCUGGGUAGGUGUAUGCAAAUGAGCUCAACAAAGAACCAAAUUUUUGCCUCAUAAUUCUACUUUAUACAUGGGUUUUUUUUCCCAACCACAUCUCUGUUGGUAUGUACUUUACAAGUAGCGCCAAGCCUCUAUAGCAAGUCAGUAACCAACCUCAUGCUUCAUUAACAACGAAACAGCUGUCCAUGAGUGGUUCACUGGCUUUGCUCCUCUUCCUGAGUUGUUUCAAAGCUGUUGUAUACAGCAGAUACAUACUCCAAAGAAUCCAUGUAUAAAGUGGAAUUAUGAAGCAAAAACGUGGUUCUUUGUUGAGCUCAUUUGCAUAUACCUACCCAGAAUCCCUUGCAGUAGUGAGAGCACUGUUAAAGGGAUAUUUCUGUGGGAAAAGCAAUUCUUAUGGCUUGACUGGUGAGUGUAUUUGUGUUUAGCAACGUGUGUGUGUGUGUGUAUGUGUUUUUUCAAAUUGGAUUAGCCAUAUUAGUCCAGUAGGCAAGAUGCUGAAAUACCAGAGUAUUGCAGUGCAAUGAUACCUUUUGGUUUGUGUGGUGGUUGUUUUGUUUUUUUUGGGACUAACAAUAUGUCAAAGACAAGCUUUCUAGAGUUUCCUCAGGUCUGAAGCAAUACAAAUCAAUCUGAAAGAGUUUAACAUUUAAAACAACUGAUGUUAGAGAAGGGAAGGGGGAGCGGGGGCAGUGAGUGUGGUGUCAUAAGUAGCAGAUGUGCCUGAAUGUGCAUAUCUUGAGCUAUUUAUGACACCCCACUCAAAACAAUUGAUGUUAGAGAAGGGGAGGGAGGGGGUGAGUGAGUGUGUCAUAAAUAGCAGAAAAUGUGCACUUUCAGGCACAUCUUCUGCUACUUAUGACACCACACUCACUUACCCCCCCUUCCCUUCUCUAACAUCAGUUGUUUUAAGUGUUAAACUCUUUCAGAUUGAUCAGUAUUGCUUCAGACCUGAGGAAGAGAGGAAACUCUUGAAAGCUUGUCUUUGUAAUAUCAUGUUAGUUCAAUAAAAAAGGUAUCAUUGCAUACUGCAAUACUCUGGUAUUUUGGCAUCUUGUCUAUUGGACUAAUACGGUUAAUCCAAUCUACGCUAUAUAUAUAUAUAUAAAGAAAAUGUUCCCUUUUUUACACUCUGCCAUCUAGUGGUUAUUUUUUUAAGUAUUACUGCUCUAUAUCCAAUAUAUAACUGCAAUUACUUUGACCUGUGUUUGAGAUACCGGUUAAUGGUUGGCACCGAUUGUCAGGCAUUUACACUGUUUGUUUGUUUGUUGAUGUUCAUUAUGCAUGACUAAGGCUGUGUAGGACAAAACAUCACGUUUAUUUUCUGGUGUGUUCUGUGUGAACCAAUAAGCCUGACUACAUAGCACCUACACCUACACUGUAAAGCCCAUGGCUUAUAUAUUGAUUCCACUGUCACAAGACUGCCAGUGUAAAGAAGGGCGAACCUGCUUAGACGUAUACACAGCUUUUACACUACGCAAAGCUACAUUGUGAUUAUUUUCAUGCAGCAGAAACAAAAUAUAAGUCUUUUUAAUUAGAAUACAUAAAUUUAGAUGGAUGAAGAGCUUGAGUCUGACUAAUUUCACAAAUGCUUUUUGUUUCUUGCAUGCAAUUUUUUUUUCUUAAUACAAUGAUUUACUAAGGUAAUCAUGUACUCUUCACCCCUCCCCCCCCACCCCCCCCAAAAAAUAGGGCUUCUCCAUACAUGAUAACCACUACACCUUAUUAGUGGAAUUAUUCUGUAAGAAGAACAGUCUUGCCCAACUAUUUUCAAGCUGGUCCCAAGCAACCAAAGACGGUCUUCUGUCCCUCUAACUCCUUUAUAUCUACCUGGCCUCACUUGCGUCUGUGACCUCUCUACAAGCUGUGGCAAUAGAGGAAGGGUUAUUUUGUGUGUUUUUUUAUUUUCAGAAGCACCCUGCAGGUUAACACCUGGGAGGACUGUCCACCCAGCUUCUAACUGCGCUCUUACAUGUUCAAAACCUUAGCAAAUGCCAAAAUGUACACUUAAGUUAUUAAAGCAAAUAUGCUAGGUUAAAAUUCUAGACAUGCACAAAUAAUUUUUAAUGACUGCACCAGUUAUUAUGUAGCAACUCCUUUUUAAUAACUAUAUUGUGCAUUUAUUUCCUGCAAGAGUUUAAACCUACUAUUCUGUGCAUGUAGAUCUGACAAUUCUAAGUGAGAUUAUUAUAUUUUCUACAUCAGAAAUUCUGGGAGAUCUCAAGGCAAAUUCAUGACUUUUUAACGUGGAAGGAAGUGGAAUGUCCGUUCGAAAAAGACAAGAAAAUCCAAACAUAUCUUCUGACUACUCCAAUUUACAGUGAAGAAGGUAAAUAGCCUUAUCAACACAAUUAAAAUGUGUUUUUCUUGCGUGAAGGCAACUAUUACUUAAUUAAAGUUUAUAACCAUAACAAAAUAUUGACCCAUAAAAGAUCUAAUAUAUGAAAAGGAUGGCGAUAGACAUUAAAAUGAUUCUAUAUAUAGCAUAAUGUCCACAUAAUUCUAAAAUCAGUUUAUCAGAGUGAAAUAUAUGUACUCACAUUCUAGCUGCAGUAGCGGGGAUAUCUUGUAAGAACACUCAUAUCUGUGUAGCCUCCUUGAUGCUUGGAAUCUGAGUGUAGAGUGGCAUCAUAGUUACUAUACAGCACUGCUGACUCAAAUGAAGCUUUUUGCAGCAAAAUUUUGUCACUUCUCUACAUAAAUUUGGGAGGUGGGUAUAUUACAUAAUAUCUCUUUCCCUAUAAAUGCUGUGUAGUUCCAGAACUGGUUAGAAAAUCUCAUAAUUUGAGCAGAGCCCUCAACACCCUCUGCUCCUGUUCGUCCACCUGGUCUAGUUGCAAAUACAUGUCUGUUAGCCCACCUAUUGUUCAUGGAACUUGCUGGCACUUUAUAAAUACAGGUGGUCCUCAAUUUAUGAUGGCUCGCACUUAUGACUGGGGUGGUAAGUGCGAGCCGUUGUGUGAAUUAGAGGGAUUCCCUGCUCUGUUGUGUUCAUCUAUGUUCGGGGAAAUUUCCCAGAACAUAGACGAACGCACCAGAGCAGAGAAUUCCUUAAAUCUAUGCUCGGGGAAAUUUGCCUGAACAUAGAUUAAAGGGAUUUCCUGCUCUGGUGCCUUAAAUGUAUCUCCCAAGUUUGUUUCUAACAAAAUUGAUAACUAUGUGACUUUCACUGUAGGGUUAUCACAUCUUUAGUCAGCUGAGAUUGGUAAAAGUAAAAAAGUAAACAAUAUUAUAAUAUUGUUCCUGAAGAGUAAACGAUGCAACAAAAGCAGUGGAAACCAUCAUAAAUGUGUUUGUUGUGUAGAAAAAGGUGCAGGUAGGCAGCGCCUUUGGUGUUGUUCUCAAAACCAAGGUAAUAUGUGAAAUAAGCACAGAGAACAUAAUAUAGUGUAGUAUGUCAGGAGUUCUGAUAUCUUAACAAGGACAAAAGUUGUACUUACAAUUUUCUGGAGCUUAUGUUCAGCUCCAGAUUUAUGCGCAUGGACGGAAUAAUCCCCGUCUAUGGAUAUGGUAGUGUGGCCUCGUGCUUUUAGUGGUAGUGCCGUAGCCUGGCAGGGAGGUAUCCUCAGUAUGCAGGAGAAGAAAUAAAAACAGAAUAUAGUGCUCUCUAAAUGUUAAAAAUAAGGAUAAAAAUAAAACAAGAUAUACUCACAAAUGGGAAGCAAAUGGAGAUAUUGCUCAAUCCCAAAGCGCUUAGGUGGUAUUAUCCCCACCAAGGAUAUCACUAUGUGAGUCUUCUGGAUAAAAAAAGCUUGAAAGAUAGGUCUGGAAUCUCCAAGUGGUAUAAAAGGAAUAAUAACUUUUAUUUGGAGAUAAAAAAUAAGAACAAGGUAUAAAAGAAUUAUAAAACACUAACGCGUUUCACCUAUAACAGGCUUUCUCAAAGUGUUACAGUUUAUGAGACCUAUCUUGUUUAAAUAGCUUUAGAACAGGUGGUGAAAUCAGUCGUGUGACUAAAAGUAAAUUACUUAAAACAUGAAUAAAACUUACUUUGUAGCCAAAAAGCAGAGAAGGUACAAUAAAAUGAUACAUUAAAGUGUAAAAAUAACUUUAUAAUAAUAUUGCAUUUUAAAAGAAGAUACAUAUUAUAAUUUUAUGUGAUGUAACUUUAAGGGGAGGACCCAAGAUGGCCACCGCCAUCUCCAUAAUAGGAGUGUCAAGAUGGCUGCCACUUUCUUUUGUGUGUGUGGGGCAGCUGAAAUUGUGAGAGAGAGAGGGGAAAAACAAAAGCAAAGGGACUAUAAGAGGGGAAGGUGAAGGUGGGGAGGUGAAUGAGGUACUUCUCCCCUAAAAACGAGCAGUAUAACACUGAAAUCAGCACAUUGUAUGGGAGUACCAAUAUGGCGUCCAUGGCCUGCAUCAUGUGAUCGGCAUGUGUCAUGAUAUCAUAGGGGGUGUGGUCUUGGAGGCAUACUGUGGGGAGGGAGGGAGGAGUAGUGUGUAGAGUGGAGAGGAGGAGUUAGGGGAGUGAUUAGUUUAGCUUGCUCUUUGAGGCAGUAAGAUAACUCCACCUCAUGGCAGGGGAACGUGGGAAAUGUAGUAACAAGAAAAAAAAUAAAAAAUUAGCUAGAUUGGAAAACAAAGCAUAUUAUAUAAAACCUGCAUAAUAAUGAAUGUAUAAACUCUCCUGGACUUAUAAAAAAGUUAAAGCAUAAGUAAAUAUAAAAAUAAAUAAAUAGAUAAUUAAGUAAUAGCCAAACUUUGAUUGCUGGUACAUGUAAUAGCAGAUACCUAAUAAUAAGCAUAUUGAUAGGAAAACAGGCUAAUAACUAGAAUAAACCAUGAAAUAGGAUUCAAAUAUAACUUAAAUGAAGAUAAAAACAUAUGAGAUGCAUACAUUGUAAAACAGUAAAUGAUAGAAAAUUAAAAAGGUCAAAGUCGGCAUUUAACCCUCUAGGUGCCAGUGUGUCCAGUUUAAAAACCCAAUUCAUUUCUAUUUUGCCCAGUAAUUUGGGGAGGUUGCCACCUCACCAGGGGGUGUGACUAUUUCUAUAGCAUAAAAUCUUAGGCAACUGGGGUGUUUGUGGUCUGCAGUGUUCUGCAAUGCGUGUUUUUAGAUUCCUGGUCGUCAUCCCAACGUACUGCAGAUUGCAUGGACAUUCUAAUAUAUAAAUUAAAUUUUUUGAGUUGCAGGGGAUAAAAUAUUUUAUGUUGUAUUCCUUUGAUGAGUGUUUGGAUUUGAAAGCGGUGGUUAUGGUGUUUUCUUUUUUAGUGCUCUUACAUCUUUUACACUUAUAGAACCCCUUUUGUUGAUCAAAGAAAGUAUGUUUUGGCAGGGGUUUUUUUUGUGUGGUUUUUUGUUAGACAUCUUUUUAGGUUGGGUGCCCCUCUGAAUACUAUUUUUGGUCUUUCUGGAAGGAUAUUUUUUAAAAUUUUACCUUCUUUUAGAAUGUGUUUUUUCAUAAUUUUUUUUUUCAUUUUAAAGCUUUUAUUAUUAUAGUGCAGCACAAUUGGAAGGGUGAGCUCUUUGUCUUUGUUGAUGGUUUGGUAUUUAGAAAUUGGUUUCGAUCAGUUUUAGCUAGUUCAUCGAUUAAAGUGUUCAUGUCUUUUUCAUCAUAGUUUCUCUCUUCUAGUUUUUCUUUAAGUUCUUGGGCUUGUGUUAUAAAUACCUCAUCAUUGUUGCAAUUACAUUUUAAUCUUAUCAGUUGGCUUUUGGGAAUACUUUUUAGCCACAGGGGGGUAGUGGCAGCUGCUAGAAUCAAUGAACGUAUUUGUGUGAACCUUUUAAAAAAAAUGUUUUUGUGAACAACUGGUUGUUUUCAAUAUAGAUGUCUAGGUCUAAAAAUUGAACUUUGUUCGUACUGAUAUCUAUAUUUAGUUUAAUUCCCCUGUCAUUUUCAUUUAAAAAACAUAAAAAGUGGUUAAGAUCCUCCCAGUCGACCAUAAAAAGAUUGGCGUAGCUAGGCGCUACCUUCGUCCUCAUAGCAGUGCCUUUUUGUUGAAGAUAAAAAGAAUCAUAAAACCAGAAAUAGUGGUUAUUUAAAAUGAUGUCCAGGCCCUCUAAAGUAAAAUUAAUUAGAGUUGGAGGUAUAUCUUUCUCUUUUUCUAGAGUCCUUUUUCUAGCUUCACAUCCAAGAUCAUGGGGUAUAAUUGUGUAGAGGGACUGGACAUCACUGGUAAUUAGAAUGUAAUUUUGCUUCCAUUUAAAAUCCUUUAAAAUUUGUAGGAGACUCAUACUGUCUUUUAGGUAUGAUCUCAUUUUAGAAACCCGGGGUUGGAGGCGAGUGUCUAAAUAGUCUGAAAGAUUUGAUAAAAUAGAGUUUAUGCCUGAUACAAUUGGACGACCGGGAGUUUUUUUUUCAUCUUUAUGAACUUUAGGUAAAAAAAAUAUGACUGGUGUAGUUGGGUACGUUAUGUUCAUAUAUGUGUAUUCAUGGUUGUUAAUCACUUGUUCUUCCAAUCCUUUCUUGAGGAAUGUGAUUAGUGUUUUUUUAAUAUUAGGGGUGGGAUCUGAUGGAAGUUUGCUGAAUACUGAGGAGUCAUUUAAUUGAGAGAGGGCUUCUUUCAUGUACAUCUCUAUAGGAAGAAUGACCAGACCCCCUCCUUUAUCUACAGGUCUGAUUACGAUACUCUCAUCAUUUUUCAGGUUUUUUAGAGUGGUCUUUUCUUUUUAGUUAGGUUGAAUUUGUCGUGUUUAGUGGUACGUUGGGAUGACGACCAGGAAUCUAAAAACACGCAUUGCAGAACACUGCAGAAAUAUCAAAAAAGUUUUUUUAAAUCAUUCCGUGUCCAAACACUUUCUUACCCACAAUAAACACCCCAGUUGCCUAAGAUUUUAUGUUAUAGAAAAAGUCACACCCCCCUGGCAAGGUGGAAACCUCCCCAAAUUACUGGGCAAAAUAGAAAUGAAUUGGGUUUUUAAACUGGACACACUGGCACCUAGAGGGUUAAAUGCCGACUUUGACCUUUUUAAUUUUCUAUAAUUUACUGUUUUACAUCUCAUAUGUUUUUAUCUUCAUUUAAGUUAUAUUUGAAUCCUAUUUCAUGGUUUAUUCUAGUUAUUAGCCUGUUUUCCUAUCAAUAUGCCUAUUAUUAGGUAUCUGCUAGUACAUGCACCAGCAAUCAAAGUUUGGCUAUUAUUUAAUUAUCUAUUUAUUUAUUUUUAUAUUCACUUAUGCUUUAACUUUUUUUAUAAGUCCAGGAGAGUUUAUACAUUCAUUAUUAUGCAGGUUUUAUAUAAUGUGCUUUGUUUUUUUUUUUUUGUUACUACAUUUCCCACGUUCCCCUGCUAUGAGGUGGAGUUAUCUUACUGCCUCAUAGAGCAAGCUAAACUAAUCACUCCCCUAACUCCUCCUCUCCACACUUCCCGUCCCUCCCCACAGUAUCCCUCCAAGACCACGCCCCCUAAGACGUCAUGACACAUGCCGAUCACAUGAUGCAGGCAAUGGACGCCAUAUUGGUACUCCCAUACGAUAUGCUGGUUUCAGUGUUAUACUGCUCGUUUUUAGGGGAGAAGUACCUCAUUCACCUCCCCACCUUCCCCUCUUAUAGUCCCUUUGCUUUUUUUUUUUUCCUCACUUCUCUCUCUCUCUCUCUCACAAUUUCAGCUGCCCCACACACAAAAGAAAGUGGCAGCCAUCUUGACACUCCUAUUAUGGAGAUGGCGGCGGCCAUCUUGGGUCCUCCCCUUAAAGCUACAUCACAUAAAAUUAUAAUAUUUAUCUUCUUUUAAAAUGCAAUAUUAUUAUAAAGUUAUUUUUACACUUUAAUGUAUCAUUUUAUUGUACCUUCUCUGCUUUUUGGCUACAAAGUAAGUUUUAUUCAUGUUUUAAGUAAUUUACUUUUAGUCACAUGACUGAUUACACCACCUGUUCUAAAGCUAUUUAAACAAGAUAGGUCUCAUAAACUGUAACACUUUGAAAAAACCUGUUAUAGGUGAAACGCGUUAGUGUUUUAUAAUUUUUUUAUACUUUGUUCUUAUUUUUUAUCUCCAAAUAAAAGUUAUUAUUCCUUUUAUACCACUUGGAGAUUCCAGAGCUAUCUUUCAAGCUUUUUUUAUUCAGAAGACUCACACAGUGAUAUCCUUGGUGGGGUAAUACCACCUAAGUGCUUUGAGAUUGAGCAAUAUCUCCAUUUGCUCCCCAUUUGUGAGUAUAUCUUGUUUUAUUUUUAUCCUUAUUUUUAACAUUUAGAGAGCACUAUAUUCUGUUUUUAUUUCUUCUCCUGCAUACUGAGGAUACCUCCCUGCCAGGCUACGGCACUACCACUAAAAGGACGAGGAAACACUACCAUAUCCAUAGACUGGGAUUAUUCCGUCCAUGCGCAUAAAUCUGGAGCUGAACAUAAGCUCCAGAAAAUUCUAAGUACAACUUUUGUUCUUGUUAAGAUAUCAGAACUCCUGACAUACUACACUAUAUUACGUUCUCUGUGCUUAUUUCACAUACUAGCUUGGAUUUGAGAACACCACCACAGGCGCUGCCUACCUGCACCUUUUUCUGCACAUCAACCAUAUCACCAGAAAGAAGAGACUAUGGUUAGGGGAGUCAAAGCUGCCACACAUCCAGAAUACAAGCGCCAAAAACUCCACCUCCUCAUACAUCAUAAAUAUGUGUUUGUUUAUUCUGUUUGUUUUUAGCACUCUUUGUUGCUUCCUUUGAAAAUGAAGGUCCAGACAAUCACAUGGAGAAAGACAGCUGGAAAUCCCUCAGGUAAAAUUAUUUUGAUGUUGAUUGCUUAUUAAGAAUAUGCUAGAAAAAGCAAGGAAGGUGGAGGAGACGGUAUGCUUGUAAAAAGCAAGGUCACAUUUUUUUUCUUAAAUAAUUUUGAGCCUGGAUGAAUCCCAAAUAGAGGAAUGUGAAAACUAUUCUUUGAAGUUUGAUCUUUCGUCUUAGUGGAACAAUAUCUAGUUGAAAUAAAUAAUUGUUAAAAUAUGUAAUAAUUUAUUUUUUUUUUAUUUUUUUUUAGGUCAACGCUUUUAAACAGGGCCUGA